UUCCAUAUGCUAAGAUCUCAUAUCACAUCACAUAUUCAUAAUAUGGCUUCCAAACCAGGCAUCCUUACAAACUGGCCUUGGAAACCUCUUGGAAGCUUCAAGUUGGUGAUUAUAAGCCCGUGGAUUGCACAUAGCAUAUACUCUUUCAUAAAGGGUGAAAGGGACCCAGUGUACCAACUCAUAUUCCCUCAUAUAUUCUUCAGAUUGCUACACAGCCAGAUUUGGAUUUCUGUCUCACGCUACCAAACUGCUAAAGGCAAAAGCAAAAUUGUUGACAAAGGCCUCGAAUUUGAACAAGUCGACAGAGAAACCAAUUGGGAUGACCAAAUUUUAUUUACUGCACUAAUAACGUAUAUAGGAUACACAAUAAUGCCUAUGAGUGCCAAUUUACCUUGGUGGAGAACAGAUGGUGUAGUUUUUACUGCUAUCUUGCAUGCUGGACCAGUGGAGUUCUUAUAUUAUUGGCUACACAGAGCGCUUCAUCAUCAUUAUCUCUACUCUCGCUAUCAUUCUCAUCAUCAUUCUUCAAUUGUCACUGAGCCUAUCACUUCUGUGAUACAUCCAUUUGGUGAGCACUUGGCGUAUUUUACGCUUUUCGCUAUACCAAUUUUGACAACAAUCCUCACCAAAACAUCUUCUGUGGCUGCUCUGUUUGGCUACAUCUUUUUCAUCGAUUUCAUGAACAACAUGGGUCAUUGCAACUUUGAGUUCUUUCCUCCCAAACUCUAUUCAUUCUUUCCCCAAUUGAAGUAUCUCAUAUACACGCCAUCGUAUCACUCACUGCAUCACACAAAAUUUAGGACUAAUUACUCACUUUUCAUGCCUAUGUAUGAUUACAUCUACGGUACUGUAGAUAAAUCCACAGAUGCUACAUAUGAAGCUUCCUUAAAGAAACCAAAGGAGUCACCAGAUGUGGUUCAUUUAACACAUUUAACCACACUUGAUUCUAUUUAUCAAUUGCGCUUAGGAUUUUCUUCCUUAGCCUCCAAUCCUCAAACAUCUAUAUGGUAUCUACCUUUACUGUGGCCCUUUACAAUGUGUUCUAUCUUUAUGACUUGGAUUACUGGGACUGCAUUUCUUUUAGAAAGCAACACCUUCAAGGAUCUCAAGCUUCACUGUUGGCUUAUACCAAGAUUUAAAACACAAUAUUUCUCAAAAAAGCAGAGCAUAACAUUGAACAACUUGAUUGAAGAUGCAAUUAUAGAGGCUGAGUUAAGUGGAGCAAAGGUGAUAAGUCUAGGACUUUUAAAUCAGAAACAACAUUGGGAACUUUAUAUAGAAAGGUUCCCACAACUGAAAAUAAAAAUUGUAGACGGCAGUAGCCUAGCUGCUGCUACUGUGCUAAACAACAUUCCUAAAGGGACAAAUCAAGUGCUUCUUCGUGGCAAGUUUAAUAAGGUUGCCUUUGCCAUUGCUAAUGCUUUAUCCACCAAAAAUGUACAGGUGGGUGUAUUAUAUGAGGAUGAGCUUAAAGAGCUUGAACAAAGGGUCAUCGUAUCAAAGGGAAGCUCGACAAUUUUACCAAUUGAUACUCCAAAGAUAUGGUUAGUUGGAGAUGAAUGGGAUGAAAAUGAGCAAAUGAAAGCAGCAGAAGGAACAUUGUUCAUACCAUUUUCUCAAUUUCCUCCAAAGAAAAUGCGAAAAAGAUGCUUCUACCACUAUACACCAGCAAUGGUUACUCCUCCUACAUUCACGAAUUCACACUCUUGCGAGAAUUGGCUUCCAAGAAGAGUAAUGAGUGCGUGGCGAAUUGGUGGAAUAAUUCAUGCCUUAGAGGGAUGGAAUGUCCAUGAGUGUGGUUCCACUAUACUUAGCACUGACAAAGUAUGGGAAGCAACUAUUCGUCAUGGUUUCCAACCUCUAAAGAUUCUCACUAAUCAAGCCUCCCUAAUGGCUUCACAUUAAUUAAUUAUAUAUCUUAUGCAUAUACUAUUAUUCUACCUCGUUUGAGUUGUCAAAGUUUGUUAUACAUUAAUUACCACUUGUCAAGAGUUCAGCACUGUAUGCUGUUUCAAUUUUCAAACUAUUAGUAAUAUACUACUUUGAAUAACUGGUUAAUUUUAAUUAUUUUAUAUGAACGUGUUGAUCGAUCUAAA